AUGCUCGUACCUCCGGCGAAUUUCGGUAUCGCAGAAGAGGGAAUCUAUCGAUGUUCGAAGGUGGAAACGCUGAACCUGUCCUUCCUAGAGACGCUCAAUCUCAAGACUGUUCUUUUCGUUGGCGGACAAGAACCGUCCAAGUUCUUUCGAGAGUUUUUUGCCACUUUGUCCAUUGAGUGGAGCUUGAUACGCAUAGCCGACUUCUCAGUGGCCGGCGAGCCCACCAGUAACAAUGCAAAUAAGGGCUGCACUAAUAAUCGCGAUGGUUUAAUGUCUUAUGGAUGGCCGGAGACCGACAAGCAUGAUAUUGAGUCAACUUUUGGCGGCACAUAUCACCUAACGGAUCAGGACGAUUUGAUGCUGAUCAAAAGUAGCUGUAUUAAGAAAACACUCUACCAGCUAUUGAACACUGAGAAGCACAACUUGCUCUUGGUCGACCGGACGUCGAUAAUAAUUGGGAUUUUAAGAAAGAUCCAAAAAUGGAGCUUGUCAUCUGUGAUCAACGAGUAUAGGCUGUUUUCAGGCAAGAACAGAAGCUAUUUUGCAGAGACAUUCCUUGAGGUAUUAAACAUCGAUGUUGAGCAGGAGAAAGAGGAUCAAUCUCUUGUAGAGCCUAUGGAUGAAUUACAUUUAACACCGGAUCCGCUUUUAGAGUCAACAGCAAUGGACAGGUUAGCUUCGAACACGGAGAUCGUCAGCGAAGCAGAUCUAAGCUGCUCUCCAACAGUUCCGUCGAGACUGCUUAGAAUGGUUGAAGAGGCUGAAAACCACAGGCGAACCCAGUCUCGAGCAGAGGAGUUUGACUCGCCGCAAAUGACAAAAUCUUCUUCCAGUCUGGGCAUCUUUGGAAGCCGCUACAGGUUGGCGUUCAACAGACAUGAUUUCAAGUAUUACCGCAGCCAGAAUUGCAAUGAUACGCAAGACGUAUUAACUGUGAAGAUCCCGCGAGAGUCCGCGCUUCCCAACUGGCUAAAGUUCCAGAGGGAUCUAUGGGAAAAGGAAAACGCCCCCCAACAACACAAUUUCUACACGGAGCACAUCUUCACGUAA